CUUUAUGAACCAUUAAUGUUUUUUUACAUUUUCUUUCUAUUCUUAGUUUUCCCAUUCUACGUUCAUGUGUCCCGUUCGAACCGUGAACGAGAUAAAGCCUCUUCCGUUUAUCAGGUUAUCAGUUAUUUUUAUAAAAGUAUCAUUCUUCAAUAUAUCUCUUUAACAUUUAUUGUUAUCACCUUAUUUCCAAUAGAAUAUUUUCUCAAACGCCAUCCAAAGAUUGUGAUUUUUCCUGGAAUAAUAUCGACAAUCGCUGUGCUGAUAGGUUUAUUAUCAGCACAAGUCAAUUAUCUCCUCAUUUCGUUGUUAGCAAUUCAACGUUUUUCCAUUUAUUUUCAUCCAUGGACUGAGAAAUAUCUGCAACUUUCAAAAUGGAAAUUUUGGUUUUUAAUUAUAAUAUUUUCUCAAACGCCAUCCAAAGAUUGUGAUUUUUCCUGGAAUAAUAUCGACAAUCGCUGUGCUGAUAGGUUUAUUAUCAGCACAAGUCAAUUAUCUCCUCAUUUCGUUUAUUUGUAUAUCUGGCAAAAUCUAAUGCUUCUAUCCUCGUGUAUUUUGUACAUCCCAAUUGGUUUGAGUAUUCGGAAGUUUAGUCAUUUAGCUUCGUUUCAAGGCAAUCAACCUCAGCGUUACAUUCUUUGGCAGUUGGUUACUAUAUACACAUUUUCAUAUUUUAUCAUCCAUCUUUCAUCAACCGAAAUUGAAAUGGAUUUUUAUGGAACGUUUUUUCAUGCACUGAUAAGUAUGAAAGCCACAGAUGCAUUGGCAUUUCCUCUAGUCAUUCAAAUCUCGUAUCUUGGUUGUAACCGUCAGAAUUUGAAGACAUUUUUGAAAUCAUUGAAACUCAAAAAAUUAUCAUGGAAGUUGUUCGGCAAUGGUCAAGUAGAGGAUAGGAAUCAGUCGAUUUAC